UCUGGUCGACUCAAGAGUGGCAUUCUUUCUUUGCUGUUGUUAUUGAGAAGUAGACCGUUUACAGCUUGUUCCUUUAUCUGAAAGGAAACCAGUCGACUGGAAAAUGAGGCUAAAUGUUGCCAUUUUCUUUGGGGCUCUCUUCGGAGCCUUGGGGGUUUUGCUGUUCUUGGUGGCUUUUGGAUCGGAUUAUUGGCUUCUGGCGACUGAAGUGGGCAGGUGUUCAGGUGAACAGAAUAUAGAGAACAUCACUUUUCACCACGAAGGAUUUUUCUGGAGGUGCUGGUUCAACGGCAUUGUGGAAGAGAACAACUCCAACGUCUGGAAGUUCUGGUACACCAAUCAGCCACCGUCCAAGAACUGCACACAUGCCUACCUGUCUCCAUACCCCUUCAUGAGGGGUGAACACAACUCCACUUCCUAUGACUCUGCUAUUAUUUACCGUGGCUUCUGGUCAGUCCUGCUGCUUCUGGGGGUAGUGGCCGCCUUGGUUGCGAGCUUUGUCAUCAUCUGUGCAGCACCCUUUGCCAGUCACUUUCUUUAUAAAGCUGGAGGAGGCUCCUACAUUGCCGCAGGUAUCCUGUUUUUCCUGGCGGUGAUGCUGUAUGUCAUCUGGGUGCAGGCGGUGGUGGACAUGGAAAGUUAUAGAGCCACGAAAAUGAAGGACUGCUGGGAGUUCACCCCUUCUGUUCUGUACGGCUGGUCUUUUUUUCUGGCCCCGGCCGGCAUCUUCUUUUCCCUGCUAGCCGGGUUACUGUUUCUAGUCGUCGGACGGCACAUUCAGCUACAUCACUAAGCAUUGCCACUGCGGUUUCCAAGGCAUCAUACCUCCCACUU